CGAGUUUUGUUUUUUUUCUGCCCUUGUAUCACAGCUAUUUUUAGUAUAUAUUUUUUGUACGAUUUCGAAAUAAUUUGAGGUAAAUUCUAUAAUUCUUGACUACAAUAAGUUAUUAUAGGUACCCCACACAGCUGUGGGAUUACAAAAAAGUAAUUUAGUACACAUCCCCUUUUCUUUACACUACGAGGUUUAACUGAAUAUUCGAUUGGGUCAAAUUUAUGAAGACUCGUGGAAUUAAUUUUACAAAUUUACAAGUGAGGCAAUGUGUUCCUGUAUUACACUUGUCAGAUGUCAAUGUCUUGUUUUGAUAACAGAAUAUAACCGCUUUCUUCAUCGAACUAAGGUAAACCUGGGUAAACCUUAAUCUACCUAGUUUAAAGUUCGAUCACUACGCCAUAGAUAAUACCCACAUUAAACACUUAUUAUUUAAGUGCACUACGCUCUCUGAAGUUCGAUAAAAAUAGAUAAGAAUGCAUUGUACGAGCCGUACAUAACAUUAUAUCGUAGACCUUUGAGCUUAUUAUACGGCUCAACGUGAUUAUUGUGUAAAUUCAUGUAAAUAAAAUAAACUUCAUGAAAUAUGAGUGCGAAAAACGAUGUUUUGCAAGUGGUCAGUGGCUGGGACACUGUGGAAUUAGUGCUGAAAUGUUUGUUCCUUGGAAUGUGGCAAAUUUUGAAAAUCCUAGUCAAAAACUUAUGGAAAGGUCACCGCAGAAAAUUGUCAAAGAAUUUUCCACCGGUUGAGAUGUCAGUGGACGCUAGUGUGGGGACGCACUGCCAUAUCAAAAUAAUGGGAGUAAAAUAUCACUACGUAGAAACAGGCCCUAAAUCGGGGCAAAUGAUCCUUAUUCUCUGCGAUGCCCCGGAGACCACCGACCUUUGGGCUCCGAACUGGUCGAGCAUGGUCCAGACCCUAACAGAUCAUGGCUAUCACAUAAUAACUUUAGACCUCCGAGGGACUGGCGGCAGUGAGGGAGGGAGCCGAAGAGAACUGUCACCACCGAGGGCUGUUGAGGAGCUAUCCAAUCUGAUGGAAGCUUUAGGGGCGUCUCCGAAGAAGCCUGCCAUUGUGAUUGGCUUUGGAAUUGGAGGGAUGCUAACUUGGUACUUAGCGCACUGCUAUGGCCCGAUGGUCAGUAAGUUCGCGGUCAUAGAAGCGCCCCAUCCUAAUUUAUAUUGGGAAUUCCCACCAGCCAAGUUCUGCCGAGAAGCCCUCCAUUUCAUCCAGUGGCCCUAUUUUCCCGAGCAAUGGUUGGCGGAGGGCGAACUGUGUGAGGGAGAAAACGGACGCUGGCUCAACUCGCGGGCCCGCGACUGGAGGGGACCACUCAAUUAUAUAAGAGGCGCUGCUUGGUGGCGGAUAUCGUCUGAAGCCCGCGUGGACGCCGCGGCACUGCUGGUCGGGGAGCAACACUCCGCCGCCAUGCUGGUCAGAAGUGCCGCGCACUGCACCCGACCGGCCCUACGUCUGCUGCCUCAUCUGCACCCCGCCCUGCCCGGUUUAUUACUCGAAUUUCUGAUAGAAAAGGACACGAUGAAAUCGAAUCCAGAAGAAGUCCCUAAGAGUCUGAUGGGUCGCGUCCUGGGAGCGGUGGCCGAACGCGCGAGGCUCGUGUUGCCGCCGCACGCCGUGCACCUGUCAGCUGUCAAUUCGUAAUGACAGCUUGUCAAUAGUAACAAACUUCAAGUUCAUUAAAGGAGUAUGUAAAUGAGUUUCAUUUACCUUCACAAAAUAUAAGGUCUGUUUGCCGGAUUAUAGUUGAUAUUUUAGAUUAAGAGUAUUACAUUCCAAUUAAAAGUAACUGUAUGUUCCUAGUAUGUAUCUUCAGUUUAAUCCAAAAAAAUUAAAGCCUUUUAACUUAACAAAACAAUCGCCUAAUAUUGUCAAAUUCCAACAUUGUUCAUUGGCUUAGUUUUUUUUUUUUUAUUGUAUCGUUUGAUAGUGUAAUCUCUAUUUCAAAUAAUCGAAAUUCAAACUCGUUUUGCAAAAUGAUAUCGAUGUUUUUUAAAAAAUGAAUUAAAAUAAUGUUGACCUCUUGGGGCUUUUAUGUAGUGAUAUUGAUUUAGAUUUGAAUUUUCAUAAUCGUUACGCACGCAUCAUCACAAUUAUUUUUUACAGAAUGGAGAUUUUUGAAUCUCUCCUUUUUUAAUAAUUCAAACAACUUUCAUUAGUGCAAACUUCGCAAAUGAUGUUGAUUUUUUUUACGAUUUUUACUAGAAAGUGAAGCUAUUGGCUUAUUAUUGUUAUUAUGAAUAGGAUUGAGAUUAGAUUUGGGGCAGCAAGCAUACCGGCAGCCACUUCCAACAGGAAGUCACAGGCUGUAGCGAACUAAAGUACAGUACCCGACGAUAAAUAUUGCACAUCGACCUUUGGAAAGAGACAAUCGGCUAAUGUCGGCUUCGUAGAGCGCUAUCUCUGUCAUACGAACCUCUAACAAUCCGACGCACUCCACCGCUUAAACAACACCUGACAAACGUCGCCUAGGCAGUAUGUGACCGAAAUUAGCCGAUUGUCUCUUUCCAAAGGUCGAUGUGCAAUAUUUAUCGGCGGGUACUGUAUCUCGCAGUUUUGUCAAGCGUCUCGCAGUGCCGGGUGCGAGCGAGACAGGGAGCCGCGAAGAGCGAGAUGCUAUGAUUUCGCGCAGUACUGUAUGGUUGUUUUGUUUGCGGUUUGCGAAGGAAAACAGCUGAAUGCAACACGGCGCUGCAGUCAGUACUAUACUAUACUCAACGAGACUAUCUAUCAAUUAAUAAGGCAUUGCGUUUAGAUUCACAAAUUUUAAGAUCCGUUCACAGGCGUUUUUAAUUCAAUUUAAGUUGUUGGUCAUAUUCUACGUAUACUCAUAAGUAGAAAUUUGGUCUCUUCAAAGCAUUUCUUUUUUCCUCCCUAUGCUGGUAGGUUUGAUAGGCUAUUUCAGCUUCUUCUUGACGUGUAGGUGAGCUCACGGGGCUCAAAGAGCAGUGCUUCGCAGAAUCUACCACCGGAUCGGAAACGCGACCCACUGAGAAGAUCCGGCGAGAAACUCAGUGGGCUGUGUCUGUUGGUUAAUUUACUCGUCGAGCACUUGGUCGCAAGCGACGGGUUCGGCGAGAGCGGUGACCGGUGCUUGAGGUACCUAAAAGCACCGUUAAUUGAUCGGGAGAAUCCGUUACGACGUGCUUAGGGCGACGUCGACUGCUUACCAUUCGAUCCACAGGAUCAGGUAUGAAAAAUACUGUUGGUACGUGUGCAUAACGCGUGUGGCGGUGAGUCUUGCCAGAGUCGGAACAGCCGUCCCUUCCAAUACCACACCAAAGCCCUUUUGCGUUCUACUUCUGCGAUACAUGGAAUCAUAGAUACAUCUCAUAUCUCUAGAUGAAGUGUCUAUGGGCUGUGCUGCCCACUCAACACAAAAUGAGCUAUAAAUUAGUUCCCACAUACGAAUUUCAACAAGAAUCUUGUUUCGCGGACGGACAUUUCUAAACAAGAUCUAUGCGCUACGCUUACUGCCCAAUGUCUAAAAUCUCAAUCCUCUUAAUUAGAUUACAAUAAAAUAGAUUAGUUUAUAACAUUUUUAUAUAUUCUUUAUAAGUUUAGUCCAUAACUUCUAACGAAUUUAUAUAUUUUUAACUAUAUAAUAAGUUCCUAAUAAAAAUAAAUAAAUGCAUUAAGUAAC